UAAAAGAGAGAAAGAGUGGGUUUGAUUCUCUUGAAAGCAUAAACUAAAAAAAAGGUGAUAUAUUUUUGUAGAGAGAAUUUUUUGUUGAGGAAAAUGAUGGGUGGAAACCCUAGUAAUUGGUGGAAUAUGUUUCCACCAAAUUCUCCUCAAUGUGUUCUUGGAUCAUCUUCAUCACUUCCUUUGAGUUCCAUGGCUGAUCAUCAUCAUAAUCAAGACCCUAAUUCACAAUCAUGGAGUCAAUUACUUUUAGGUGGAUUGCACGAAGAGGAUGUUGCUGAUGAAGAUAAGUUGGCUUUGAAUAAUAAUUUUCAACAACAAAAAAAGUUGGAAAAUUUGGAAGGGAGAAUAUUGAUUCCAUUUUCAAGAUUUGGAGUUGGUGAUCAUCAUCAUCAUCAAGAUCAUAAUAAUAAUAAUCUUGAUCAGAUGAAACAAGAAAUUACUUGCUCACAAAAUACUAAGCUCUCUCAAAUGACCAGGCCACUUACUAUUUCUUCUUCUCCCAAUUCUUCUAUCAAUAACAAUAAUGCUUUACUGGAUUUCUCUUUCAACAAAGUUGAUUCCAAAAAUCAAAUCCUUGAUCACAAAUUUUCAUCUGAUCAGUGUGCUAGUCCAACCACCAAUGGGGGAGUGUGGAAGAAGGCUAGGGUUCAGCCUUCCUUCGGGCAGCCUCCGGCAAAGGUGAGAAAGGAGAAGGGGGAUAGAAUCACAGCUCUCCAUCAGUUGGUUUCUCCAUUUGGCAAGACUGACACUGCUUCUGUCUUGUCAGAGGCUAUUGGGUAUGUGAGAUUCCUUCAGAGUCAAAUUGAGGCUCUUAUCUCUCCAUAUUUGGGCAAUUCAUCAAAAUCCACGAAGAAAAAGGAGCAACUUAGAACAUUAAAUGAUGGAAGAAAAUUAUUUGAGAGAAGUUGAAGAUGACAAUAAUGGAAGAAGUUGUGUAUUUGCUGAAGAUCUUGGUCAGCAGCUCUUGAAUGACAAUAGCCUGAAAAGAAAACUACCCUCCUUCCCAGGAGGAUGAAGAAGAAAAGGCAAAGGACUUGAGGGGUAGAGGGCUUUGUUUGGUACCUGUAUCUUGCACACAACAUGUACAAAGUGACAUUAAUGGAGCUGAUUAUUGGGCUCAAGCUUACAAUGACACUUUUUAAGCCAUCCUUCCUUUUACCUGCAUGCCCCAAACAUUGGGAUAUCCAUCACACACACACACACAUAUAUAUAUAUAUAUAUUCUCCAUGUUAAUUAGGAGUUAAUGCUAACCUUUCCUUUUCUUUUUCUUUUAAAUAAACAUGUUUAAAUUCCUCUUUCAUCUCUUCCCUUAUUUUUGUGAUAAACUGUAAGUGGUGAAUUCGAAUCAUCUAAACUUGAGUCAUGAAUUUUUCUUAUUUUUUUACUAUAUAUUAAAAGAUACAUUCACGGACUUGGUUAACAUA